CGAAAUUCUGCAAAAACCACGAAGUGUUCACAAGCUUCAAUGCCUGGUUCAAUUUGAAAACCUGAUAAAUCAAACCUAUGACUUGAUACCAACGUCCGAUGAGAACCUACAACAAUUCAAAUCAACUGUCCUCGACUGUUGCCACAAAUUUAUAAAUGGCAAUCCAAACGGAAGAUCCGUACUAACGAAGAAACACUACAAAGAGCUGAAAGAAUUGAUGAACAAUGAAGAGAUUAUGCUGAUACGUCCUGAUAAAGGUGGAGGAAUCGUAAUCAUGAACCGUAAGGAUUAUAUCAGUAAAAUGUUGACCAUUCUAUCUGAUGAAUCUAAAUUCACCAAACCGGCCAACGAGAAAAACAUGACGGAGCAGAUUGAACAAAAACUAACAGACAUCCUCCGUAAACUAAAGAACGAAUCAUUCAUUACCAACGAAACGUUUGAAUCCCUGAGACCAUCUGGUUCAAAUAUACCAAGACUCUACGGACUUCCUAAAGUACACAAGAUGGGCACUCCACUUCGACCGAUCCUCGACAUGACUAAUUCACCUUACCACCGCACUGCCCAAUGGCUAGCAGACUUACUUGAACCAAUCAGAAAACAAGUCUCCCGUCACUCAGUGCGAGAUUCAUUUGAAUUCGUCAACUGCGUCGAAAACGUCAAUGUUUCUAAUCAAACGAUGAUCUCACUAGAUGCUGUCUCAUUGUUUACAAAUGUUCCACUAACUGAAACAAUUUGUCACAUAUGCGAGCUCAUCCACUCAGAAGGAGUAAACAUCGGCAUACCCACCGACUACCUAAAAGAACUUCUGCUGAGAUGCACCCUAAACGUCCAGUUCUCCUUUAACAAUGAAAUAUAUCGUCAAAAGGAUGGUAUAGCUAUGGGCUCACCACUAGGCCCUCUGCUUGCGGAUUUCUUCAUGUCGAAACUCGAAAACACUUGCCUAAAGAAUAUGAUUGACAACUUUGAACUCUACAAGAGAUACGUCGACGACACCUUCAUCAUCUGCAACAACGAAGAGAAUUUAGAAGAUAUCCUGAAGUUCUUCAACAACUGCCACCCUGCGAUUCAGUUCACACUAGAGAAAGAGUCUAACUCAAAGAUAUCUUUUCUUGACGUUCAACUAACGAGACGCCAACAAGACGGUACAUUAAAAAGAUCCAUCUACAGAAAGCCAACGUGGAACGGACAGCUCACUAACUUCCACAGUUGGGUGCCUCUAUAUACUAAACGAAACUUAAUCCGUUCACUAAGCCACAGAAUACGUAGAAUUUGCAGCCUGGAUGCCAUAGAAGACGAAAUGAACACUCUUAAGAAAAUCCUCCUUGAAAAUGGCUAUCCAGAAAGAUUUAUCACAAAAUCAAUGAAACCCAGACCAGAGAAGCCGCCAACACCCAGUGCUCCAAAAAGACUCCUCUACAUGAACCUACAGUUCAAUGGAGACCAAUCUACAGAAAUACUGAGAAAUCGGCUCUCCCGCUCAUUGAAGAAAACCUUCCCUGCAGCUGAGUUACGACUGACGUUCUCCACGAGACCAAUGAUUCGUAUGAACGUGAAGGAUAAGCUACCGCUGUUGGCCUCAUCUAUGUGCAUCUACCAAUUCACCUGCUCGUGUGGAGCCAGGUAUAUCGGCCGUACUCAGCGUUCGCUAUCCAAACGCGUCAACGAACAUUUACCUUCAUGGUUUUAUAAAGGAGAAAACCGAUGCCCUCGCAGCUCGAUCCUUGAACAUUUGAUCGACUCUGGACACCAAGUCAAACCAGAAAUAAACUUCAAAGUUAUCUACAGAAUACAAGGCAAUCUUGCUAAAAGUGUACGGAUCAAACUUCUCCACAUCGCAGAAGCAAUGGCAAUUCAUCUGCUAAAUCCUGAACUCUGCAUACAAAAGAAAUUCGUUCAUUCAUUAAAUCUACAAUGGACGUAAUCUUUCUUAAUUUCAGUCUUACUAAUUGUAUUAUUU